AUGGCGUUUUCCAAUCAAUUUUCGUUGUCAGUGGAGUUGACCAAGCUUGUCCCCCUCGGAAACAUUCUUUCUGCAGCUGGCAGCGGCAUCUUAAACUUGGCGAGAGACCUGCGAAGAUCUGGAUCAGAUAUCACGGUGGAAGAGGACCUCACGCUGGUGCUCGGCCGAAAUCGUAUUUGCCCAAAAUUCGAAUCCACCUUCCGGGUCGCCGUGAGAGGCUCGUCGCAGCAGCAGAUUGGAGAAUUCGUCGACAUCAUUCUCGAGGCCGGUGCCGGGCCUACCGUGCAACGAAGUCUGAAGCACCCGCCAUAUUUUUCCACGGUGGCCCAGUUAUCACUCCUCGCCUUUACACAGCAGCUCAAUAGACUCUCAUGGACACUUUCCAAGCUCUUUGAGCGUCGGCUGAGUGGCGCGCCGCAGCACCUCCAGAGCCACCCAAGCGCCGAAAGCAUGCGUGGAACCCUGCGAGCCUGCCGUGAGCAGACUGCAGGCUUCAACUGGACCCUUCUUUUUGAAGCAGUGGAAUGUGUGUUGGGCUGCGACAAGCGCCCGUUAAACGCCCAGAGACGUGUCCCCCACGACUUGAAUUCCGAAGACGGGCGCAAUUUACCCAUUCCCAUUCUCCAGGGCUGCUUGGAUAUGCUCACUGCGGUUCAGACCCUCCCAGAAGACCGAAUGAUUCACAUCAAUGCUGAGACGGGCUACUCAGCAAUUGUCGUCUGGGCCCAUCAUCUGCUUGGACUGACCGUGGAAGUCCGCAAGUAUCGCCACAAGAAGGGAUACGUCUUUGGGAAUGGGCCUGAGCAGAUCAUAUUUUGUAUCAACAAGUUGGGCCCAACAAUCUGUCUCAUGGAUAAAACCGACGAGAUUCUUCGGAUUGGCGAGUUUGACAUGGACCCACCGCUGACACCUGAUAUCCGGGCGACUGCACGUGGCUUCGGUAUUAAACUGCUUCAGAGCUCGGGCUGCAGCGAGCACAACAUGCGUUCUGAAGCCGAAGUGGCAGUUGCUGUUGCCACCGGUCAAAGCGGUCGUCAUCUAAAGCCAGGACUACUAAGAGCGGCGCAAAUCUUAUUUCACGGCCUCGAACUCGAAUUCGGGAAUGGCCUGGAUGGGAUUGUGGCAAAGUUCGCCACAAAAAACACGACAUAUUUAUCCGCUUAUUUGGCCAAAGCAUUGAUUGCCUUUUCAAGCAUCAAGAAUAUUGACUCGUGCCACGAUCUUCCGCUCUGCAUCAGUCGGCCCUUUAUGGAAAAUGUCAAGGAAGGCGAACCGGAUAUCUUUGUCCAGUUUCGCUAUAUGGCUCGCUUGCUGUUGGGCAGUGAAUAUAAUGAGUCGGUAGUCUCGCGGUCUGCUCUGGUGAGUGCCUGGGGUUGGAGCAUCUGCCUGACCUCAGUAGGAGCACAAUGUCCAACGCAGGUCGACGGCAACAUGUUCCUGGUGCGUCGAGGUGUUCCAUCAAGAAAUGGAGAAAGGUCUAGGUUCAUAGUUGACGGACCAAGAACUUCAGGAUUUAGCAAAGCAGGGCCAGACCACUAUUCAAGGCCAUUCCCUCAAGGCCCCACAGACGCAACUCCAGUCGCCGAUUUUGUGGCAGAAUUUCCCAACGCUAAACCAGCGUACUAUAUUGGACUGUCAGAUCAGGCCUUUGAAGUCUCGGUAUGCUUUGAAUUGUCGAAAUAUCCCCGUCGGUAUACGGGAUUUCGGCGGAUGCAAGGUCUGCGGACCCAAGUUAUCAUGCUUCGGGAGUCGGGCUGCGAGCAUCACAAACGUGCUACGCCACCCAAGGAUACAGUGGCCUUGCCUGUAGGAUGCGAAACUAUUGAAUUCUACCAUGCCAAUGUCUCAUCAACCGGGGAAAAGGAAGCAGGCAUCAGAGUCAGCAAGACGCUGGACGGGCCGGCAUAUAGAUGGUUUCAGUUGGAUAUCCUCUCUGCUGCGGCGGCUAGUGACUCGGAGGAUUCCAAUCAGGCGGGAACGUCGUCAAGAGAAAGGACUCAAAUUGACGGAUUGUUUUUGAAAAGUGGACAGUGUUGUCUGCCCUGUGCUGUGGACAUUGUGGAUCGCUUUUGCGUGCAGGAGACAAGAGAAUCCCGGAAGCCCACUAACUUCUUCCUGAUUGCGUAG